CAGUCAAUAAUUUAACUUGCACGAAUAUUAUGUAUUGACAAUAAAGUAUUACGUUUUAAAUAUUUAACGUAGUUGUCGUAACAUGCUACUCGCAUAUCUGUCCACUUAUAACGAAAAUUUACGCAAUCCAUUCAGAAGCAUCAAUUAUGAUUUAUUAUGACCAGCAACAUUAUACAACGAGGCAUGGUUUUCCGACAUACAGGGUGUUCCUAAAGUAACUAAACUUUACUAGCGCAUUCUAUUAACCGUAUUGAUGAAAAGCUACAUUAGGGAGAACCGUUGUCUGCAAUGUCUGCUGGUCUGCAUCUCUAAAUUAAGGGGGUUGUCCUUAUCUCACUAGUGUACACAGUGGUGCUCAGUAUAACUAACCCACCUUUAGACGAAAUUGCUAUACAGCUGCAAUUAAUUACAAAUUGGCAGAGAUGCAGACCUAAAAUAAUAGUGACGGAAUAAAGGAAAAUGUGAUCAAAAAGUGGUUAUAAUGUUACUUUAUACUAUAUUAAUGAUAUUAACGGGUGGAGUCUCCUUUGUUCUCUUUGAACUGCAUCUACAUAUACAUAAUAAGAGCAACAGUACAAUUCAAGUAUGAAUAUUAGUUAUACUAUAAUUAUUAUCGUUUCUUAGUAUUCAAGUAAGACAGUAUAAGUUCAUAUACUUAGGCGAUACCUAUACAGGUAUCGCCGAAUAUUUAAUAAUCAGCUAAAAAUCGGAGAUAUUCAAUGUUUUAAUAACUUUUACAAAUGAUUAAUUAAUUAUUACUUGUAUUAAUUAAUUGAUAAACCAGUUUCAUUGUCGAAUGGUUAAUAGAACGGACAAAGUAAAGUGUAGGCACACAUUUUAGAAAUAUUCCGUAUUGAGGCGAGUACAUCGUGAAGACCGUGCUAUAUGUACGAGACUGGAGCUGUUAUCCCCUCCACGCGGUAUUAAGAAAUACGUUCGCCAUAUCAUUGAGCGUGGUGCUUCAUAAUAUUUAACCGGUGUACUGAGAAUCACGAACAAUCUGUAUGGCGAAAACCCAAAAUCGCAAAUGCAGUGUCUUUUGAAACGUAUUUUGUAAUUGAAUAUACGAAAAUAAAGAAAAGGUUAAGUCGUAAGAAGUUGCACUUAAAUGUUUUUGUUAACAUGCUCUACCAUUAUUGAUGUAUUAAUGUUUAAAAGAAUAUAAAGAGUGUGAAAAAGCACAUUGUUGAAUAAUAAUUAGUGGAACAUGGAUAUUAACUUGUGUGAAAAAAAUGAGAUAGCGGUGCAAGCAGGUGUUGCAUCACAAGAAACUUCAUGUGAUAAAAAUGAUAAAACGCAGGUAUCUCAUUGUCAAUACAUAGUCAAUGAUCAGUUAAUAUAUACACAAACAAAGCAAGAGAUUACAGAUGUGGAUACCACAAGUACUUCUACAAAACCAAAGAAGACGGUGACCAAAAUUAAAGCGAAGAAAUCUAAGCUGGAAGGAGAGCCAGGCUAUGAUUCUACGAGGUUAGAAGACAGUCCUAUACAGGUGUUGGAAAGAUUUAAAAGGGGAUGUGAAUGUCAAGAUGACCAGUGCUUCACAGGAUUAAAUCCCGAAACAGUGUAUAAACAUAGACUAAAUAUUGCAGAGUUAACUAAGGCCGAACAUGAUAUGUAUUUAAUGGGUGUCACCAUGGCAUGUUUAACAAAUCCAUACGAAACAGCAAGACACACUGAACGACGCAGAUUACGUGCACAAUAUGUAUAUCAAGGUCGUAGAGUUUGUCUAGAUGCUUUUUUGUAUUUGGAAAACUGUACACAUUAUCAAAUAAAAAGAAUCAGGAAACAUUUGAUGACUCAUGGUGUCACACCACGAGUUCAUGGUAAUCAUGGAAAGAUUCCACAUAAUACAUUUUCCUUAGACAUCUAUAAAAUAGCUACAGAGUUUUUAAAAAAUUUUAUUGACUUACAAGAAGCAAAACAAAAAACUAAAGUUGCAAAAAAUGCGCCAUUACAUUUACCAUCUGAUAUUACGCGUAAAGUAGUAUAUGAUAUGUAUAUUCAGCAUUGUAGGAAAGUAUCACCUAAUAUAAAAAUAAUGGGAUAUUCUACCUUUAGUAGAUUUAUGAAAGUUCAAUUUCCACAAGUAAAAUUUGCUAAGUUAGAAUUUGUAGUUAGAAAUCAAAGUAUUCAAAGCCAAGGAUGUAAUAAAAUAGAUUUGGAAACAGAACUAAUUAAUGAGAUACCAUCUAGAUCAACAGACUUAAUAACAGAUGAUGGUGCCUUAUUACCCUUAUUAAUUGCCAGUGAAGCAGGACAAAGCAAUACUUAUUUUUUGACACCUGUCAGCAAAUUACAGGAUGGCAUGAGUUAUCAGAUAACUACAAGUGGGCUUCUAGCCAAUAAACCAGGAUUGCCUAUCACUUUAACUAAAGUGAAUGCUAUUUAA